AUGAUAAGCAGAAGUCAGCAGUACACAUGUACCAUGGAUCAACCGUUGAACGACAUCAGUAAUAAAGAUACUAGUAAUCGUGGUUCAAACGUUUUCAAGAGACUCAGCACCUCUCCCAUGAGGAAGCCCGGAUUGAGUGUUAUUGAUAAACCAGCAGUUAGGUUAUCCCCUACCAAGUCUAGCUAUCAAACUUCUCCAAAGAGAUUGAUUCCUCCAGAGCAUCUGAGCAAUGUCACGCGAAGUGUAGAUAGACAUCAUUUUAUAAAACGUCCUGAGCAUACAUCAUCAUUAAUACAAUCAUUACACGGGGGAGCGGACAUUGUAAUCCCUAUAUCUCCUAUCAAGAUGGAAUCAGAAAAGUUUGGUAGUGUAACUACGGUAGGUGGCGAUGGGUCGCUCAGUAGAAUUAAAAACAGGUUUUCUCCCUCUAAAGACCGAAAGUCUAUAAUGACAGUGAAUGAAGAAACAUUGAGUCCAACCAGGCAGAAUUUACUUAAUAAAUUGCAACGAGAUGAAGAUUUAUCCAAAGUUACAAAGAAAAAUACAAAGCUGAACUCGGAAUUGAUAUCGAACUUCAAGGUGGGUAAGAGUCAAAUCACUACAAGGAGCAAGAACGUAAAGUUUGAAUUACCAGAAGAUAGAAUGAUUGCGAUCGAAUUGCAAAAUCUUAAACAGUUAUUGCAAAUGUUGUUGGAAAGACAGGACCGCCUUGAACUGAAAAUAGCGGAACUAGAAAGCAAAACUGAAUAA